AUGGCUUCCAAUCUUCUCAGGGUUCAUACAAAAACCAUUAAAACUGCAAAGCAACCAAACCAAUUUCUACUCACUAAAACUCUCUCUUUCCCUUCUCUUCCAUUUCCCACACACCACCACCACCAACAUAUCUCCUUGCCUCCAAUUUUCCUCCACAAAUCCAAAACUACUCCUUUAUCCCCACUCUGCUCCUUAUCUUCUCCCACCCCUCCAAGCUCAAAAGAAGCAGCCAUUCAACAAGCCAAAACCUGUCUCUCAACCACAUUGGAAAAGCCCCUCAACAACCUCAGACUCACCAACAAGCUCAAGAAGCUCAAGCAGCCCAGAUUUCGUAUCGAAAUCCCGGUCAUCGAUGACUCUCCUGAAUCCCUAUCCCAGCUCGCUUUCCAGGUAUUUCGAGACCUACCCAUUAAAAGAAAAGGGUCCAAAGUUAACAUCUUGAUCAUAUGGCCUAACCUUGCAUACACAGAAGCUGCAUUGAAAGCCUUCGAGUCUAACCCUUCAAGCCCAGUUGAAAAUUUAGACAUAUAUUCGAUCACCAACGGUAAUACCAGAAUUUCGAGCUCUGCUGACGUGGCAGUGUUUGUGGCGCCAGAGGGAAUCCAACUGGCUGAUAUGAAAAGUGUUGCUGAUUUAUUGUACCCAAGGCCAGUGGUUAUUUUCAACCCCAAGUGGGUGUUUGAGGAUGAAGCUGAGUUUGGUGAGCUGAGUGGCUUUGUGGGUUCAUUUGAGGUCAUUUUUUCAUUUAUGGGUUUGGAGGUUCAGGGGCUUUUGAGCAAAAGAAAUGGAGUGAUUUUCAAGUGUGUGAGAGAUGGCGUUGUGAGCGGUGAGAAGUGGGCUGUUCUUGUUGAAGAGGAAGGGCAAUUGAAAGCGGUUUCAACGUUUAAAUCGCGGCCAUCAAUCAGUGAAGUUGAGAAUGUUUUGUAUAAUUUGAUGGCAAUUAAUUCGCCCGUUACGAAGUCCGUGAAGUUCUUCAGGGAUUUGGUGUCUAAUGUAACCGGAAAGAAGUAA